CCCUUUUCAGUCACACACACUCUCUCUCGGCAAAUUUUAGCGAGGCACAUCGGCUAAAUCUAGAGCAGAUCUGCAGUUCGUUGACCAGAUCUCGAAAAGAAUCGGUGAGGUUGUUUGUUCCUCCUCACAACAAUGGAGGAGGCGUUGGAGAUGACUCGUUCUAAGGAUACCAAGGAGAGGAUGGCGGGGGUAGAACGGUUGUACGAGCUUCUUGAAGCUUCGAGAAAGAGUUUGUCGCCUGCAGAGGUUACUUCACUUGUCGACUGUUGCUUGGAUCUAUUCAAAGAUAACAAUUUUAAGGUUUCUCAGUUGGCUCUUCAAGCCCUAGCUUCUGCUGCUGUGCUUUCUGGUGAGCCUUUGAAGUUGCAUUUCAAUGCACUUGUACCGGCUGUGGUUGAGAGGUUGGGAGAUGGGAAACAGCCUGUUCGAGAUGCUGCGAGAAGGUCGUUACUUACUCUUAUGGAGGUUUCUUCCCCAACCCUCAUUGUUGAAAGAGCUGGGUCUUAUGCCUGGAUGCACAAGAGCUGGAGAGUCCGAGAAGAGUUCGCACGGACUGUCACAUCAGCUGUUGGUCUUUUUGCCUCGACUGAGUUACCCCUUCAGCGGGUUAUACUUGCUCCUAUUUUGCAGAUGCUGAAUGAUUCGAAUCCUGGUGUUAGGGAAGCGGCAAUUUUGUGUAUUGAGGAGAUGUAUACCCAGGUUGGUCCACCAUUUUGGGAUGAACUGCAACGCCAUCAUCUUCCUACAUCUAUGAUAAAACAUAUUAAUGCUAGACUGGAGAGAAUUGAACCAAAGAUUCGCUCUUCAGAUGGCCUUGCAAGUCAUUGUGCUGCUGGUGAAACAAAGCCUGCGAGUCUUAACCAGAAAAAGAGCAGUCCAAAGACUAAGAGUUCCACACGUGAGAUGUCUCUCUCUGGAGGAGAAGGUGAUGUUACAGACAAACCUAUAGACCCUGUUAAAGUGUACUCUGACAAGGAGCUUGUCCGGGAAAUCGAGAAAAUAGCAUCAACUUUUGUUCCGGAUAAAGAUUGGUCUAUUCGCAUUGCUGCCAUGCAGAGAUUUGAGGGCCUUGUCUUUGGAGGUGCAACUGAUUAUCCUAGUUUCCCCACACUGUUGAAGCAACUUGUUGCACCUCUAUGCACUCAGUUAUCGGACCGACGGUCUAGCAUAGUAAAACAGGCUUGUCAUCUAUUGAGCUUAUUAUCAAAGGAACUUCUGGGAGAUUUUGAGGCAUGUGCUGAGAUGUUCAUUCCGGUUCUUUUCAAGCUUGUUGUUAUAACCGUCCUUGUGAUAGCUGAAUCUGCAGACAACUGCAUAAAAACGAUGUUGCGGAACUGCAAAGUUUCCCGUGUACUUCCACGAAUUGCUGAUUGUGCAAAGAAUGACCGUAAUGCAGUGCUUCGUGCCAGGUGUUGUGAGUAUGCGCUUCUCAUACUAGAAUAUUGGGCUGAUGCACCAGAGAUACAGCGAUCGGCUGAUAUUUAUGAAGAUCUAAUUAAGUGCUGUGUAGCAGAUGCAAUGAGUGAGGUACGAGCAACUGCCAGAACUUGCUAUAGAAUGUUUGCUAAAACAUGGCCGGAGCGUUCCCGUCGCCUAUUUUUAGCCUUUGAUCCUGUCAUUCAAAGGAUUAUUAAUGAUGAAGAUGGAGGUAUGCCUAGAAGAUUUGCUUCUCCUUCCCUCCGUGAGAGAGGAGCACCAUUAUCACGUGCUCCAUCGCAAAUAACUAAUUCACCUGGAUAUGCAACUUCUGCUAUUGUUGCUAUGGACAGAAGUGCAAAUCUCCCAUCAAGGGCAUCACUUUCUUCUGGUCUGCUUCUUUCACAAUCGAAGUCUGUUGGGAAAGGCACUGAAAGAAGCCUUGAAAGUGUGCUGCAUGCUAGCAAACAAAAGGUCACGGCUAUUGAAAGCAUGCUAAGAGGUUUAGAUUUAUCUGACAAACACAAUUCUUCAACUGUACACUCAACUAGCUUGGAUCUAGAAGUUGACCCUCCAUCAGCUCGUGACCCACCAUUUCCUCCAGCUGUUCCUGCUUCGAAUCAUCACACGAAUUCUUUGUUGGCAGAUUCGACCACAUCUAGUAUUGCUAAAGGUGGUAAUCGUAAUGGUGGAUUUAUUAUGUCUGAUCUCAUCAAUCCACAAGUUCAAGCAUCCAAAGAUAAUGGUAAAUUAUCCCAUCACACGACAACUGAGCCUUUUUCAGCCCUAUCAAUGUCCUACACAACCAAGAGAGGUUCUGAAAGACAACAAGGAGGUUCAAUUGAGGAGAACACUGAUAUCAGGGCAAAUAGACGGUUUUUUAACACACACUUUGACAGGCAGUAUGUAGACAGUUCUUACAAAGAUAUGAAUUUCAGGGAUUCACAGAACAAUUAUAUUCCUAACUUCCAGAAGCCACUUUUGAGAAAGCAUGUGUCUGGACGGGUUUCUGCUAGUAGAAACAGUUUUGAUGAUAGCCAACUAGGAGUUGGUGAACUGUCGACCUGUGUGGAUGGUCCAACGUCUCUCUAUGACGCACUGACUGAAGGUCUCAAUCCUAGUUCUGACUGGUGCGUUAGGGUUGCUGCUUUUAACUAUCUCCGAACUUUGCUGCAGCAAGGGCCAAAAGGUGUCCAAGAAGUUACGCAGAGCUUUGAGAAGGUCAUGAAGUUGUUUUUCCAACACUUGGAUGAUCCUCACCAUAAAGUUGCACAGGCAGCUCUUUCAACGCUUGCCGAGAUUAUUCCAGCUUGUAGAAAGCCAUUUGAAAGUUACAUGGAAAGAAUCUUGCCUCAUGUUUUCUCGCGGUUAAUUGAUCCUAAGGAGUUGGUUAGGCAGCCUUGCUCGACAACUUUGGAAAUUGUGAGCAAGAGUUAUGGUGUAGAUUCUCUCCUACCUGCUUUGCUCCGUUCAUUGGAUGAACAACGGUCACCAAAAGCAAAAUUGGCUGUGAUUGAGUUUGCCAUAAACUCCUUCAACAUGCAUGCAACAAAUUCUGAAGGUUCUGGUAAUAGUGGCAUCCUAAAGUUGUGGCUGGCUAAGUUGGCACCUUUGGUCCAUGAUAAAAAUACGAAACUGAAGGAAGCAGCUAUAACAGGAAUUAUAUCAGUUUAUUCUCAUUUUGAUUCUACUGCAGUCCUGAAUUUUAUUCUCAGUGUGUCUGUUGAGGAACAAAACUCAUUGAGACGAGCACUGAAGCAGUACACCCCUCGAAUAGAGGUGGACUUGAUGAACUUCCUACAGAAUAAGAGAGAGCGCCUGAGAUCUAAAUCUUUCUAUGACCCAUCAGAUGUUAUUGCGACUUCUUCAGAAGAUGGAUAUGUGGGUGCAUCGAAGAAAGGUAACUUCUUUGGAAGGUAUUCAGCUGGAGCAGUUGAUGGUGAUAGUGGCAGGAAGUGGAAUUCCAUGCAAGAAUCUACUCAGAUCACAAACUCAUUUGGUCAAGCGCCUUCAGAUGAAACUAAGGAGCAUUCCUAUCAGAAUCUUGAUGCUAGUUCUACUAUUAGUUUCAAAGGCAAGGAUCUGAAUUUCGGUACUAGUACAAUGGUUGAGAACGUUGGAUCCUGGGUAAGCCGGGCUGAAAAUGUGGAUAAUAGUUUAGGUAUGGAGAGUUCUUUGUCAACUUCACAUCGUGACCUUAAUGGACUGGUGAACUCUGAUCACCUUGGAACUGGAUUGAAUGUUGGUCAAGAAAGUUCUCCUGAUGUGGAUCCUAAUCAAGAGAAGUCAAAUGCUGUUAAAAUCAACUCCAGUCCAGAUUCUGGACCUAGCAUUCCUCAGAUUCUUCACCAUAUUUGCAAUAGGAAUCAUGAGACUGAGAGCAAACGUGAGGCACUUCAGCAGUUGAUUGAAGUAUCUGUGGCCAAUGAUUACUCAAUAUGGACCAAGUACUUCAAUCAGAUUCUUACUGUGGUGCUCGAGGUCUUGGAUGAUUCUGAUUCUUCAAUCAAGGAACUCGCUCUUUCAUUGAUUGUUGAAAUGCUUAAGAAUCAGAAAGAUGCCAUGGAGGAUUCUGUUGAAAUUGUAAUAGAAAGACUGCUUCAUGUCACAAAGGAUACGGUUUCCAAGGUUUCAAAUGAAUCAGAGCAUUGUUUGACUGUUGUACUAUCUCAGUAUGAUCCGUUCAGAUGCCUUACUGUGAUUGUACCUCUAUUGGUUAGCGAAGAUGAGAAAACUCUUGUGACUUGCAUCAACUGUUUGACCAAGCUUGUGAGCAGGCUUUCCCAGGAAGACUUAAUGGCCCAGUUACCUUCAUUUCUGCCUGCUCUUUUUGAUGCAUUUGGGAACCAGAGUGCUGAUGUUCGUAAGACAGUUGUUUUCUGUUUGGUGGACAUCUAUAUCAUGCUCGGAAAAGCAUUCGUUCCAUACCUGGAAGGGCUUAACAGUACACAGUUGCGGUUGGUGACGAUCUAUGCUAACCGGAUUUCACAGGCCAGAACAGGCACAGCAAUAGAUGCCAACCAUGGUUAGUAGAUGAUUUAGCAUGGAUGGAAAUGGUGGCUCCACGGUGUUGUGAUAUUCUUAUUCAUUGUUGUGUAUUUGUAUAGUUUUGAAAUGUUUGAUUUUUAUUAGGAAAGGUAGGGGUUUGGCUUUGUGAGUGCUUUGGUUUUGGGGGAGUGCCGGUGGUGGUGUAACAAAAGUAGUGUGAAACUGUAUUUACAUGUGCCGAUUGAAUGAGUGAGAGUGUUGGGGGUUGUUUUUGAGUUGCAUAAAUAAUUGUAUUGAAGUGAGAGCAUAUAGUGGAUAUUGUACCCCUUCUGUGACGGGAACUGAA